GGUACUCGCGGCGGUAUUCCGGCUACGUCACCCGGAAAACUGAACACGGCGGAAGACUGAAACCGCUUUACAAAAAGAGAGCGCCCUAACUCCACACUCCAUCAUCAACAACAUGUAGUGGUGGUAGUGUGCGGAGCAGCCAUCAUGUAAUCUGAUACCUUCACUUUUACAUCAACGGGGUUAAGCCGGGUCGAAUUUUUCAUGCUAAAGACACUUCGAAGUGAUGUCAGUCUGAAUGAACCCUCCAUGGACGAACCAUAGAUGAAAUAAUCUCCAAUAAUUGAGCUCCGGACUUCAUCUGAUUCGACUAAGACAUAUUGAAUUCAUGAGAUUGCUCCAUGCAGGACCUGACGCGACUGGAACGGGAGACCACGCACACGAAAUUCGCUAGUCGCUUGCGUGGUCUCCCUUCCAGUCGCUUGUGAUCGCGGUUCUGCGACGAUGUCCAAGCCACGAAGGCCUUGACAAAAGACUUAUGCUUAUGUAAGUUUUUUGGGCAAAGGCUAUCUCCUGAACCAUCCUGAACUUAACUAGCCGCCGGUGGUCAGCAGAGAGCUCUUUUCCCGGGGGCCGGGCAGGUUGCUGUUUCGGUCGGUGCUGAAGAUUUGGACACAGUAUUAUGGAACUGCUGAGCACUGGAGUUAUUGUUAUGAUGAUAGUUGUCGGCAGUAUAACCGUUCUUAUUGGUUUAAUAUGUGUUUUGUAUUACUGUUGUGUUCUUCGUUAUAAAACCUACCGAGGUUUGGUCUCUCUGAAGGGCAAAACUGUUGUUAUAACAGGGGCUUCAUCUGGCAUCGGCAAGGCAACUGCAUUGGACCUUGCCCGUCGUGGUGCCAAAGUAAUUCUCGCCUGCCGAAAUGAGAAAAAGACGUCUGAAGUCAUUAAGGAGAUCAGAGAGGCGGUAGAGAAUGCUGAUGUUGUAGAUUACCAUCUUGAUCUUGCCUCGCUGAAGUCGGUUCGUUCGUUUGCCGAGAAAAUCAAGCAAGAUGUGGCAAAGCUAGAUCUCCUCAUUAACAAUGCUGGUAUCGGAGAACAAGGCAAGACUGAAGAUGGCUUUGAUCUUAUGUUCGGGGUCAACCACUUUGGUCCUUUCCUCCUCACCAACCUUCUCCUGGAUCUCCUGAUCAGAUCUGCACCAAGUCGCAUCAUCAACCUGUCCUCUUUGGCACACAGAUUCUCCCCUGAAUUUGACUUCACUGAGGAGGCGAAAGAUGGGGUUCGAUACCCUCACCUAGCCAGCUACCCCAUCAGCAAGAUGGCAGUCAAUGUCUUCACUCAUGAGCUUUCUCGUAGACUUACCAAUACCCAAGUCUCUGUUUGCUCAGUGCAUCCAGGUAUUGUCUACACGGGAGGGAUUGAUAAGGUCUUAACACGUGGCGGAUGUUGCCGGAAGCUUUUCAUGCCGUUUUUUAGGUCCAUUAUGAGAUCUCCGGAGGCUGGGGCCCAAUGUGUUAUCUAUUGUGCAAUUGACGAGUCAGUGAGGGAGCUGUCGGGAUCGUACUUUGUUGAUUGUCAACUUGGGAAAGAAAGCAUCAAGGCAUCGGAUGAAGAACUUGCUAAACAGUUAUGGGACGUGAGCUGCACGGCAACAGGCUUGGUGUAAUUCUUACUCAUUUUUUCCAACCCCAAAAACCUUGAAGCCGCCUGUGAGUUAUGAAUUAAGUAUGGUAUAAUGACUGAAACACAGUUCUCACUUCCUGCAAAUGCAAUGCAAGCUUUGAUGCACAAACUUGCAAAGAACAUCUCGGAAGAACUUGCUAAGGAGUUAUGGAGCAUUAGCUGCAUGGCAACAGGCUUGGUGUAAAGCAUUCUCAUUUUUCCCACCAAAACAAAACUUGAAGCCACCUGUAUAGGAACAAGUUGCCUUGGAUCGGUAGAGUUCAGUUGGUCUUUGAAAA